UAUUGAGAGAAGAGCGAUGCCCCUGUAGUUUUCACAGUUGCUGAGAUCUCCUUUCUUCGGUAUUUUGAUCAGAAGUGCUUCUUUCCAGUCUUUUGGUACUUGUUCUUCAUCCCAAAUCUUAUUGCAGAGAAUGUGGAGUAUCCUUGCAGUUGACGCUACGUCUGCUUUUAGUGCCUCUGCUGGAAUGUUGUCUGGUCCUGCUGCUUUGCCACUCUUGAUUUGUCUGAUGGCCAUGCUUAUUUCUUCAAUUGUUGGUGGGCCAACAUCGAUUGGAAUGUCCGUGGGUGCUGCUUCGAUGUUGGGUGGGUUCAGUGGGGCUGGUCGAUUCAAGAGUUCCUUGAAGUGUUCUACCCACCUGUUUCGUUGCUCUUCAAUGUUGGUGAUUACCUCGCCUUCCUUGCUUUUCACUGGUCGUUCCGGUUUGCGGCGAUUUCCAGAGUUUCUUUGUCGUUUCAUACAGUUGUCUCAUGUUUCCUUCUCUUGCAGCCUUUUCCGCCGUCGUUGCUAAAUCUUCCAUAUAUUUACGUUUGUCGGUUCUAA